AUUUGAAUUAGGCAGUUGGGUGACCAGACCCGCAUUCAUGAGACACUACCAAAUACCUGGAAACAUAUCAAAAGAACAAGAUUCAGGGGUUAACGAUACUGUAUACUGGAAAUUGGAGUUAGACUUUUGGAUUUUCUCCUCCUAUGACCUUGCUGAGGCGCAAUUUCAAAUCUAAGGUCAUUGCGCGUGAUUUUUAAUGUCACGCUUAUUUACCAGGUUUCCUGUCUUGAUAUCUUGUGUACGUCAUAGCCGAACGCCACGAUUUAUCCGUCCGUAUCUGAGAGAUUUGUAUAACAGAAGACUUGCUCAAGGUCCAGAGAUUUAUCGUCCUAGAAAAGAUUGGCUAUGUUGGAAUCGCGACUCUGAAUUAUCCGCAUUUUUGUAUAGAAUCGGUGAAAAAUUAGAAAAAGAUCUUGUUGAGGUCAUUCUGACUGAUCGAUCAUAUUCUUCACUUUUUUCUGAGAAAGAAGCUGAAUCAAAUAAGAAACCAGUACAAGAUAAUUCGGAGCUCGCUGCUUUAGGCUUUUCUGUUACGGAAAAUUUUUUAUGUACCUUCUUGCGAUCAGUGUAUCGUCGAUUCCCUGAAGAGUGGAUUAUGACUAUCGUUCAGUAUUUAAAAUCAACUUCUGAACUUGCUUUUAUAGCUGCUCAUUUAGGAAUUAAAGAUAUAGUACUUUACAGUGAUCAAAUUGACCAUUCUAGCAAUAAAAUUAUAUCAGCUCCACCGAAUUUGGAUGUUUUAACUCAUGCAUUUAUGGCUUUAGUUGGUGCUUUAGCAAAAGAUAAGAUGGAGAGAGCACAUUUAUUUAUUCGGGACUUUAUAUUAGCAAGACUUUCAGAUAUAGAUUUGACCGAAUUGAUUUCAAUUCCUGACCCAUUACCUCUUCUACAAGGUAUACUUAAAUCGGAAGGACGUGGUCCACCUGAAACCAGAUUACUUUAUCAAUCAAGUAUGAAUACUGUGCUAGCCUGUUUCGAAGUUGGUAUAUAUAGUGAUCGUCAACUUGUCGGAGAAGCUCCUGGUGAAACAGUAUUAAUUGCAGAAGAGGAAGCAUUACGACAGUCAAUAAGGAAUUUCUUUCAACUAACGGAUAAUCGUCCAUCUAUUCCAUUACAUGGAAACUUGGACUUCUUGGACCUUGAAAAAUUUUCUGAACCUAAUGUUUCGCUUAAUUACUACUUGGAAUUAGCACGUGAUCAUGUUUAAAUGGCGAAAUAAUUCUCUUUUGUGGAUUGUAUACUUGUACAUAGAUAAUAAAUUAGUUUUUUUAAUAAAU